AUGGACCCAACAGACAGCACCUUGCCUUCUAGGCAUUCUGGCUCGCCAGCUCCAGGUGCAGCCAGACAGAAAGUUCAGCAGCCUAAACCACAAGCCCUUGCAACCAGACCUGGCACUUCCGCGAUCCUUGUAUCCACGCGACAAAAGGGCAAUCCGAUUCUGACACACAUCAAGCUUCUACCGUGGGAAUAUGCCGAUAUUCCCGCUGACUAUGUAGUCGGCACCACGACAUGCGCACUCUUCUUAUCGUUGAAAUAUCACCGCCUACACCCAGAAUACAUUUACUCCCGGGUAAAACAACUAGCCGGCAAAUACAACCUCCGCCUCGUCCUUGUUAUGGUUGACAUUCCGAAUCACGAGGAUAUUCUCCGCGAAUUAUCCAAAACAUCUAUCAUCAAUAACCUUACAUUGAUAUUAUGCUGGUCAGCCCCAGAAGCCGCCCACUAUCUAGAACUCUUCAAGUCCUCGGAGAACGCACAGCCGACGGCAAUCCGAACUCAACAAGCGCAAUCGUAUAAAGAAUCUCUUGUGGAAUUUGUCACGGUACCAAGAAGUAUCAACAAGUCCGAUGCAGCCAGUCUGAUCUCCACCUUUGGGAGCUUGCAGAAUGCAAUCAAUGCGCAGCCGGAGCAAAUCAGUGCUGUGCCAGGAUGGGGAGAGAAGAAGGUCCAGCAAUGGUGCAAUGCAGUUCGAGAAGACUUUCGAGUCGAGAGUACGAAGAAGUCUUCUGCUCCUGCCAAACCAACUCGACCAGCACCGGCUUCGGCCCCGGCACCAGUCGAUGAUACACCUGAUCAUGAUAUAGACGAGGAUGAGGAGGAAGCCAUUCUUCGUGCGGUAAUGGCCGAAAGUAGGAAAACUGCUGCCGAGGACGGAAAGUCCGGCGAUGCUCGUCCGCCUGAUGCGCAACCUGAAGAGAUGAGUGAAGGCAUUACGGCUGCGCUUGCGAGGCUUAGAGAUAAUGCUGGUUGA